AUGGAGAGUCUCUCCUCGGGCGUUGGCGGGUCGGACCUGACAGCUCACCGCGCCAGUCCCUCUGGCCUUGCUCUCAACUCAGACUCCCCGGUUUUAAGCCCGAGCUCCCGUACAUCGCCCACCCCAUCCUCCCCUUCAGAGGUCUCAUCCACGGAGGGUGAACGUGACCUGCUCGACAUGUCAUCGAACCUGAACGAGACACUGAUGGACGAGGAGAAAGAGACGACACACGUCGUCAACUACCCCCCACCUUCUCUCCCUUCUCUCCCCGCUUCGCCAGAGCCAAGCUCCAACCGCACCGUCCGACCCCUGCCUCGCGCUCAUAGUGUGACAUCGCCCACACUCAAGCCGCAGACGAACGUGUACGCUUUACGGGCAGUCCCGUUCGCGGCCCGCGGAGACCUCAUCACGCCGUCUCAAAACCGGCUACCACCUUCCCUCGGCACAACGGCCGUCAACUCGACGGCUGCAUCUACCCACAACGACGAAGAGAGUGUCGUUGACACUCACUCAGUACGCGAGGAGAGCGAGGUCUACACGGGUUCUGUGCUCGAGGUUGACUCAGCCGAACCGUCCCCCACCACUGGCUACUCCUACAGCACCACCCCUAGCCCAUCCGACCUCCCUUCCCUCCCAAAUCUUCCUCCCCUCUCCACCUCACAUGUGCCUUCGGCGUCUCUGCCUACCCCUGGCAUCGGCGUGCCCAGCCUCCAUGUCAUCGAUCUGCGUGAGCUCCUCUCUUCCCAGCCCCUGUCGCCUGAGGAUGGUGCCGAGGCCGCCGAGGAGCAGGCCGCCGAGAAAGACUACGAGGAAGGCGACCUCAACGAGGCGCUCAGCGAGGUACGCCUCCUAGUCGAGAGCUACGCGGCGCUCCGCGAGCAGGUGGCCGCUACCUCGGUCUCCGUUGAGGAGACGACUGGGCGCAUCAUCGACGCCAUCCACAAACACAAGUGUCCUGAUGCCAAGGCGGACGAUACUCACCUGGAGGGGCUCUCCAAGGCUGAGGCCCGCAUCGUCCGCUACAAGCGCCACAUUGAUACCCUUGCUCUGCGCGUCCAGAGCGCCGAGACACGCAAUCGUGAGGCUGAGACUGCCAGAGCGUGCCGCCUUGCGGACGUCAAGCGUCUGGAGACGAUGGUGGUUCAAGGGCAAGAGGACCUCCAGACGUCCGAGCGCCACGGCGAGAUGCUAGGCCGCAAGCUCUCGGAGGCGGUGAACAACGUUGCUGCGCUGCAGGUCGAGAAUGAGGAUUUUCGAGCGAACCAUUCUGUGCUGAGGAAGACCCAGGCGAGCACGCCAUCAUUCGUCCUCAUUCUCCUCGAAGGAGAGGGGCGCAUGUUCGACCCCGACCUGCUCGCCCUUGGUGGAGAUGGAGGCCGAAACCUAUCGAGGCCUCCGCAGGGUAAUGGCGGCUCAGCUCUGAAUCCUAACAUCCAGGCUGACUUCAUCGCGAGCGACACCCAAUUCGAGGAGUUCCUCGAGGGCAUGAGUGAGUCCGGCCCACUCUGCAGCAUCUCCGACGUGCCGGGCAAGUUCGGGGCGUCAACGAAGAUCCGCGGCCAGAUGGCGAGUUUCGGGAUGCUCGACUCGUGCGGAAUGGUCUUCAUCGUAGCCGCCAAUGACCGCGGAUACCUUGCAGAGGUUUCAGAGUGGGAGCGCAGCAGCGGGCGCGUUGUCGACAAGCUCUUCGCUGCUCGCUCCACCACAGACCGCCGCGACGACCCGUUCCGCUCUCUCGGAGAUGACCGCCUGUUCGCGGUACAAUGUCUGUUCCCGACGUCGCCUGCUGAGUGGGCUCGGCUGAUGACGACUACCUCUAUCCGCCCAGAGCGCAAUGUGCCCGCCAAUCGGGGUCAUCUUCUUAUGGACCAGACUGGUGCGACAACCGCACAAGCCCUCCCGCUUGCGAUUCAGCCGAAUCCUGCGCUAGUCCCCAACGAUGUGUCCCACAACCAGACGCUCCGUUGCGCACCAGGCGCUACUCCUGACACAUAUCGCGGCCAGUUGGGAUCGCCUAUCCCGUUUUCUCCGAUGCCGACGGGCGUGCGGUGCCCGGACCGUGGGCGUCACGAUCCUUCGCCGCCCCCUCUACCGACGCCCCGUGCGCCUCGUGCACCUCAGGUGACGUCUCUACCUGUUCCGAAGUACACUUCUCGCCAAAACCCAGCCCCACGCAUGGCCGGUCCGCCCUGGCAGGAGUAUCGCCCUGCCUCGAGCAAGGGCGCCCGGUUGCCAGAGAUGCUCCGUCGUUCUAUUGCGGCCGGUACCGCCACGCCGCCCCGCCACUCCAACGAUUGUGUCGCGUUCCGCAAGAGCGCGCGCUCCCCAUCUAUCGGCGGCAGCCCUCCGUCAACCGACGAGGACAACCCGCUCGACCCAACCAUCCCUCCUGCGGCCCGUACACACGUGGAGCGCCCGCCUCGGUUUGUCGGGCCCAACAGAAGCGUCACUGGCUCGACGACUGGAGCACCUCCGUCAGGCUUCCGCGUCCGUGACGGUUGGGGCCGCCACUAA